AUGAUGGCCAGCGAUCAUGACCAGCUGCUCGACCGAAUUCUACCCCAUGUGGACCGCGGUGCCAUCAGCGCUGCAAAGAACACUAUAACCGACUUUGAGUGGGACGACGAGUCCGACAGCGCCGACUUCGAGGAGCCUUACUCCUUGGCGACCACCCGCUCCGUGCUGACGAGGACCAACAGCGACGCGAGCUACGGCGUCUUGAACGGAGGGCUUUCUCCGUCCAGACCCCUCAGAUCCAAGGACUUUGAAGCCAGCGCCCUAGAACAGAUGGCUGACAUCCGGGAGACCGAAGGCCACGGCCAGACUAAUGGUGCCGCCGCUUCGGCGGCGGCCUCCGUGGUGCGGUCCCGGGGCGACGCCGAGCCUGCCGAUCCCCCGCGCAGCAAGGCCGGCUCUCGUGCUGGACAAGUCGCCUCUGGAAAGUCUUCACCUCACCAUACCAGAGACACAUCCGAGACCUUUGGGUCGGUCGACGUCCCUCUCAGGCACUCGUCAAGGCCCGGCAGUGGCAGCGUGGGCGUCCCGUCGGUCGUUGACAAGCCUCUGCCGGAGCUGAAGGAGCCGCGGCCGCAGCACCCCAUCAUCGUGGAGGGCGUCGAGCAGACGGCUCACGACUCCAUAGAGAAUGGCGACGAACAAGCACACCGAGGCUCCAACUCCCGACGGUCAAGGUCACCGCUUCCGCCGCCUGCGCCGUCCGCGACACCACCCCCGAUAGCACACAAGCCGCCGCCGCACGCUCGGAGGGUCGUGUACGACGACUUCGCGGACGAGGAUGACGAUGACAUGGAUGACGACCACGAAGACAUUGAACAGGAGGACGACGAGGACUACGACGAUCGGUUCGUCCAACAACCGCGGGUGGCCCAAGCCUACGAGACUAGGCGGGGACCACCUUCGGCCCAUACCAACAACCCGAGCUCGCGCAAAAAGGAAGGCAGAGCCAACAGUAUCGCCAGCAACACGUCGCGGGGCUCUCGUGCGGCACGCUCCAGGACGGCAGCUCUCGCCCGCGACUACAAGGGCCUGAGGACACCCAUUCUCGACCAUCUUCAGAUGUACCAGGAUGCCGAGUCCAAGAAGCCUCUGGCCGACAGAAUCAUGCCGCCCAUCCCGCAGCGCCAGACUCACCAGAAGACGUACAGGAGCGUCGAUGAUGGCAUGUACAACGAUUUCUCCAUGCGCGGCAACGGCAUCGGGUCGUCUGCCCAUGAGGCCGUCCCAGGAGGCCCCAUCCGGAGGAGAUAUAGCGAUGAUGACGUCUCGGUCCGCUCAGUCCGCAACUCCAUCUCGGGCAGGACCGCCAAGAGCUCUGCAUCACAAAACAUGCCCGACUUCUUCAGCUCCGAGAUCUUCCAGGUGGUCUUGCACAACCCUACGACCAGCUACCAGCUGCUCAAGUUCAGCGAGAGCCGCCUAUGCGCUGAAAACGUCGAGUUUCUGUCCAAGGUGGAUGAGUACAGAACCACCUUGAACAACCUCGCCGGCCAGAUGGCUUUUAUCCAUAAACAAUUCAUCAGCCCCGGCUCGGCCUACCAGAUCAACGUCAACGGCACUCUGCUCAAGAAGGCCCAUAAGGAGAUGAAAACGCUCAUCUCGAACGCUUUUCCCUCGAUGGAGACCGUCUUCACCGACCUGCAAGACCAGAUUGAGACCCUAGUCUUCCAGGACAUCUACCCACGCUUUGUGAGGCAUCAGAUGGCCCUGAGCGCAACCAGGGCGCUCGCGACCGACAGGUUCAAGUACCAGGGGCUUGGAGACUGCUUCUGUUUGACCAACCCGCGCGUCGCAGACAACCCGAUCGUCUUCGCCUCUGACGGCUUCGUGAAGACCACUGGCUAUUCGCGCAAUGAGAUUGUGCCCCGCAACUGCCGCUUCCUCCAAGGGGCUCAUACGGACAGGCAACCUGUCCAACGCCUCAAGACCGCAAUCAACGAGGAGAAGGAAUCGGUAGAAUUAUUGUUGAACUACAAAAAGAAUGGAGAUCCUUUCUGGAACCUGCUCUACGUCGCACCACUCUAUAACCAACGAGGCAAGACGGAAUUCUUCCUAGGCGGCCAGGUGAACUGCUCGACAACUAUUCACAGCAAUGUAGACGUGCUGAAAGUGCUGUCAACGUCCGCCACAUCCGACGCCGAACAUGCUGAAUUCAACAAGCCACUGCCCGGACCCCAGCAAAGCAACAAGACUUCUGCACGCAAGACCAUACUCAAGGCACUGGGCGUGCGCCAAAACGGAAACAAUGUCCACAUACCGCAGAUGGAUGCUGGGAUGGAAAAUGGUGUGCUGGGCCGCAUGGAGGGGCAGGAUCUCAGCUCGCAGAUGAAGGAGUUUUAUACGGCGUACUCCAAGGUCAGUCUGCCAUCAGUAGCACGGCAUCUUGCUCUCAUCCGGUUCGCGCAAGCUAACUUCAGCCAGUAUCUUGUGGUGCGCGCCAACACUUAUGUGAUUGAGUUCUAUUCGGAAGGGAUCGUCGAGAUGCUGAACCCGGCCAAUAUGGCCGGCACCAUGGUCGCCGGCAGCGAGGUAUUCAGGUUCUUCGGCCUCAACAUGAUGGCGAAACAAUCCGAGUACAAGGCCCGCGUGCGCAAUGCCAUCCGGGUCGGCAUGCCCAUCAGCACGGAGCUGCGCCUCCAGACGCGGCGGUCGGCUGUCUUCAGGGGCGACGAGAAAUUCGUCGCGCACUGGACUCCAUUGAAGGACGAAAAGGCUGCCGUGCACUAUGUGGUUGUCACUGUUGCUCCUCUAAUGGCUUAG